CUCCCUAUUCCCGUUCUCCAACACAGCAACCACAGAGAGACUGGGAUAGAUGAGUAAUCAUUUGCAGUGCUUGAGUUCAUGGAGUUCACCUCCAAUUUCGAUGGUCAACAUAACUUCAUCUUCUUCCUCUACUUCGAAAAGAAAUUUUAUGACAUUACACCAUUGGUGGAUCCAAAGUCCAGCAUUACAUGUAUCCUUUUGGAAACGAUAUGUAGGGAAAUGGGAGUCUAGUUCUCAAAGAAUACGAACCGAGUUAGAUACUCCUACAUCUUCAAAUUCUUUGGAUUUUAGAUUCUUUAAGAAGGACCUGGGAGAUAGUACCCAAAGGGAGAGCAUUGAAGCAAAGACACUUGCAACACACAAAAGUUCUAUAUUUGGUCACCCUCAGUAUGUGCAGCACUGUGGAGCUGAACUCCUCAUAGGAUCUAUGUCAUCCUAUUUCUUGUUCAGACAGCAUUUGUUAAGUCCCAUCCAUGAAUUCAUGAAGAUGGUCCAAUACUUGUUUCCCUAUUUGCUGCAAGUUUUUGAGGCAACAAACUCUCCUUUUGCUUGUAUAUCUAGUUCCAUCAACAAACCUAUACCUCUGCGGUUGGAGGUAUCAUUGCCAUCUUUUCAAGAUGUUAAGUGGAGCCUUGCACGGUUACUUUAUAUAUUCAAUAUUCAACUUGAAAGAAAUGUAGCCACGAUGUUUGUAGCACUCUUUAUAGCAUGCUUCUCAUUUGUUAUCAUCGGAGGUUUCUUAUUCUUCAAGUUCAGGGGUAGCACACAAUCUCUAGAGGAGUGCUUUUGGGAAGCAUGGGCAUGCCUUUGUUCAUCAUCUACUCACUUAAAGGAAAAAACACGUGUUGAACGCAUACUUGGUUUUGUGCUCACUAUAUGGGGCAUAUUAUUUUACACCCGGUUAUUGAGCACGAUGACAGAACAAUUCAGGAAUAAUAUGCAAAAGAUCAGAGAAGGAGCACAAGUACAAGUUAUGGAGACUGAUCAUAUUAUCAUUUGCGGAGUAAACAGGCAUCUGAACUUUGUACUGAAGCAGUUAAACAAGUAUCAUGGGUUUUCUGUCCGUCUUGGUACUGCUACAGCUAGAAGGCAGAGAAUUCUUCUUUUGUCUGAUCUUCCAAGGAAGCAGAUGGACGAAAUUGCAGAACAUUUUGCCAAAGAUCUUGACCAUAUUGAUGUCCUUACAAAGAGUUGCAGUCUAAGCCUAACAAAAUCCUUUGAAAGAGCAGCAGCAGAUAAGGCACGUUCUAUUAUUAUAUUGCCAACAAAGGCAGACAGGUAUGAAGUUGAUACAGAUGCAUUUCUCUCUGUAUUAGCCCUCCAACUCCUUCCAAAAAUUACUUCUGUUCCCACAAUUGUUGAGGUUUCAAACUCUAGUACGUGUGAACUUUUGAAAUCGAUUUCAGGGUUGAAAGUGCAGCCAGUUGAAAAUGUUGCAUCGAAAUUGUUUGUUCAGUGCUCGCGACAGAAGGGCCUCAUUAAGAUCUACAGGCAUUUGCUUAAUUAUCAGAAAGAUGUAUUUAACCUUUGCAGCUUCCCUAACCUAUCGGGACUAGAGUAUAAAAGGAUAAGGCGUGGAUUUCAAGAGGCAGUUGUUUGUGGUCUCUAUCGGAAUGGGAAGAUAUACUUCCACCCCGAUGACAAUGAAAUGCUGAAGGAAACUGAUAAGGUGUUGUUCAUUGGACCUGUUGAUGGGAAAAGAAAAACACUGGCUAUAUUCUCAGAUAUUGUCAAAGAAGUUCCAGAAAAUAAUGGUGAAUCUACUGAUCAUGGCAUGGACUUAGAAAAGGUAUGGCUUGAGAAUAUUCUGUGGAGUCCUUCUAAAGCAGGUUCCAUGGCUUCAGAUUGGAGUUUCAGACCAAAAGAAUGCAUACUAAUACUUGGAUGGCGCCAAGAUGUUAAUGAAAUGAUUCAUGAAUAUGAUAAUUAUCUUGGACCUGGAAGUAUAGUGGAAAUAUUAUCAGAUGUGCCUUUGGAUGAGAGAAGUAAGGCCUUUAAACUUUCUGGCUACAAUAAACUGAAACACAUAUGCGUUUCUCAUAGGAUGGGAAAUCCCAUGAACUAUGACACCUUAGAGGAAGCGAUAUUGAAUAUUCGCAACUCUUUUCAGAAUGGAGAGCCUUUUUCAAUUGUUGUAAUAUCUGAUAGAGAGUGGCUUCUUAGAGAUCCAUCCACAGCAGACAAGCAGUCUGCAUAUUCUCUCCUUCUCGCUGAAAAUAUCUGCAACAAACUUGGUGUGAAGGUGCAAAAUAUGGUUGCAGAAAUUGUUGAUAAAAAAUUGGGCAAACAAAUCGCAAGAAUUAAGCCAUCCCUAACAUACAUUGCAUCAGAGGAAGUAAUGAGCCUUGUAACUGCUCAAGUGGCCGAGAAUGGUGAACUGAAUGAGGUAUGGAAAGACAUUCUUACUGCAGAGGGUGAUGAAAUAUAUGUGAAGGAUAUGAGCCUUUACAUGAAAGAAUGGGAGAAUCCAUCAUUUGAUGAACUUUCUGAAAGAGCAAAUUUGCGGCGAGAAGUUGCUAUUGGCUAUGUAAAAAACAAUAAGAAGGUACACUGUUUUCAUUUUCAGCUCAUUUCAAAAUUGUUUCCUUUCUCACCCAGACAUUUUUCAUGGCAGGUUAUAAACCCAAAUCCCAAAUCACAGCCUCUUUCUCUUGGAAUGACAGAUUCACUAAUUGUAAUCUCUGAACUUGAGGGUGAACAGCCAAAAGUUGUAUAGAUCUACAUUUGAUUCAUUAUUGUUUUCUUAUACUUUUUCAUACUUUCUAGAGCUUUCCCUUUUUAAUUUUGCCGUAAUAUCAUUGGUGUUAUUGUGAACAUGUGAACAUAUCCUAGAUUUA